CAGCAGGUUGAUGCACUUUGCUUCUUUAUCCUCAAGUGCAAGUCAAGGAAGUUUCUGCUCAGAUAUUCGUCAGUAGGUCUUAGUGGAAAAUCACUUUGAACGGGAACAAUGUCACCAGAGCGGAGCUGACGGAGAGAGUGGGUUAUUGCCAGGAAAAAUCAUCGUACUGUCUACAUUCAGUCCAGGAGGUUGGAGCAGUGUGCUGGUGGUUCCUGUGGAUCGGACGUCUAAAGAGAGAGGUCAUUUAUAAUGUUUGGAAACAAUGGUGCAUUCUCCUACGCCCCGGGGGGGAUCUCACAGGAGGACUUCCCUCAACGGAGGCGGGCUUUUCAACAAGAUGACCCCAAAGAUUCGCCGCUGCAGAGAAACGGCAUGUCCAGACCCAGUGGGAGAAACAUAUACAUGCAGAGAAAGGAGUACUCAGAGACGAUGAACAGACAACCGGAAAACGUUAAUGUCAGAGUGGAGCAUCUGUUCACCUGUGAGCUGGACGGCCGGGAGGUGAGGUCAGUGGAGAACUGUGUAGCCAAGCUCAAGAAGCUGGAUGCCAGCGGCCGUGUGUGGGCUCAAGAGAUGAUCAUGCAGAUUCAGGGAGCGUAUCUUCUGCUUUGUGACAUCGAGACAAAGGCGGAGCUGGAGUCGAUACCUUUGAAUUGCAUCUCACAAACCAAAGCUGUUUUGGACAGCUGCGUCUACAACUCUCUGCUGACAAUAACUGUGCAGGAGCACAGCAGACCGGUCCCUCAGGUCUUCAUGUUCCAGUGUGAGGAGACCAAGGCAGAGGUGAUUAAGAGUGAUCUGGAUAAGGCGGUGAAGAGAGGAGGCGCGAGAGGAGGUGCUGAUCGGGAGUCACGCAGAGAGCCGCCCGGCAUGAGGGCUAAUCUGGAGAAUAUCAUGGGUCAGCAUACUUUAGGAAACUUCCAGCAGGGCGGGCCACGCCCUCUGGAGCACGAGAGGACUCCACCUCCAUCGGACUUUGGGGCCCCACAGUGGAACAACAGAGGGCCAGAAUACAUGCCUCCCCCACCCACCCAUCCUGCACAAGAAAGCAUGCCAUUUCAAAGAGACCCUCAUGAAUUCAACGGCAGCCCAGAUAUCGCUCCUCAGAUAACAGAAAUACAGAGGAACACGGAAAUUUUAAACCAUGUUUUAGAUGAUUUGGAGAUCUUCCUAGGCAAAGUGUCAGCUGCAGGAAGCAAUGCUUCAACACGACACAAGAAGAGCAAGAAGAUAAAAGGGUUUAAGAACAAAUCUAAGAAAAUUGCACCAGCUAAUGACCUACCGCACUGGGAGGAGUAUGUUUAUUUUCUCCAGAAAAUCAAGUACGGAUUCAACCUGCUGGGCCAGCUGGACGGCAGUCUGGUCAAUCCCGAAGCUUCCGACUAUGUCCACAUCUUCUUUAGUAAUUUGGGCGCGGUAGUUCCCCGGUAUCCCGAAGACCUGCCUCCCACUGUGGUCUCUCCGCUGCUGACGGAAGCAGCCCUGGGGCUCCUCACCGAGACCCUGACCCCAGAUGAGGACCGCCUGUGGAAGUUUCUGGGAGAGUGCUGGUUCAUCCCCAGGUCUAACUGGCCGGACGGCAACGUCCCCCCCUACAUCCCGGAGUUCUACGACGGCUGGCAGCCGCAGCCGCCCGCGCACGGCCCCAUGAGCCGGAGCCCAGGAGGCGCUCCAAGAAACGAGGGCCAGGGCUUCUCUCCGAGACAGUCACAGAGACAUUUCGAGAAGCCUGUGGAUAAUGGUCCAUGGAGUCCACCCCCAUCUGCACAGUCCAGCGAGCCACCGCUUCACAUGCGUGUCAUUUACGAUUUCGUGCCCAGGAACAACAGAGAGCUGAAUGUGGUGAAGGGUGAGGUGGUUCAGGUGAUCCAAAGAUCUAAGCAAUGGUGGCUUGUUCGCAACUCGUUUAACGCAGAAGGAAAUGUUCCUCAGAAGGUUUUGGAGCCGGUAAACAGCGGUGGACCCAUGGAAGAGCCCCCGCGGGACUCCUUCGGUCCAGUGACUCUGGACAUGCACUCCACGCCUGGACAGGUGAAAGCCUGGCUCGACUACAAAGGUUUCUCCAAAAUAACCAUCUCCAGCCUUGGCGUGCUGAAUGGACAACUGCUUCUGGGAAUGUCCAAGGAUGACAUAAGGACGGUGUGUCCCGAAGAAGGAGGAAAAGUCUUCUUCCAGCUGCAGGCAGUCAAGUCAUCAAUUGCACUGGCCAGCGAACCAUCUGGUCCGAACAACGGCCCGUACGGUGGCCGCUACUAAGUCCUGGUCCAGCGCUCUGGAUUCUUUGCAAGCAUACAUCAACAUCUGGAAUAAAAGUGAUAAACGGAUGCUGCCUUGCUGUCAGGAAUGAGUUUCAGAACCUCCUGAUUUCUUUCUUUUUGUUUCAGGGAAAUCACUUUUAGUUGAUCUAAUAUAUUUUAAUCACCAGCAAUCAUUAUUGAAAAAAAUUAAAUAAAUCUCCAGUUUUCUCUUUUGAUAAUGAAAUACAAAGCAUGCAUGUUGACAUAUUGUUCACUGUGUUUGGGAUAUUUGCACCUUCUGCUGUAUAAACGCCUGUUUUUGUUGGAACAGUGAUAUGCUUUAUUUGACAGUGUGAUGUUAAACUGAGAACAAAAGUUAGAAUUAUUUUAAUCUGUCCACAAAAAUUGUAUUUCAAUUGUAACAAGUAUUUUGAAAUUAAAGUUUAUAACAUCAGUACAAACU